AAUGUCAAUUGAGAAACAUUUUUAAUCGAGACGACGAAUAAUACGCGAAAAAGGACACGCGUUACAACGCAGAUAAUAAUUUAUUUUUCAUAAAAAAUGAAAAUUAUCAGUUCAAUUUGCGUAAUAAUUAUUUUCCCGUAAAAAUGCAGCAAAAAAUAAAAAUGUUUUACAAUAAAUAUAAAACGUAAACACGUGAAAAAUAAGUAGACAAAAUAGUGAUGGAACAUAAUCACGAAAACGACGAACAUAAAAGCAAGAACGCAAAAAAACGAAUAGAAAAAUAAGUGAAGAAUAAAAAAAAAGAAUAAGAGAAAAAAUGUUUUAUUAUCGAGCAGCAGACAUAGCAGCCGCGUUUAUUAUCGCUUUUGCUGUAUCUUAAAUUAAUGGAAAACUAAUCUGUGCUCGGUCCGAAGAUUUUCAAGAUUAACAAGUUCAAAGGAUUUUUUAUUAUAUUUUAUUGAAGUGUUUUAGCUAAGUGAUACAUAUAUAGAUAAUAAGCGAGUUUGGGGGGGUUAAACCCUAAACACUAACUCUCCCACUAGUGUAAAGUAGUUUUAAGAUAAGACAACAGAACAAGUGCUUUUCAUUGGAAGCAUACUACAUAUUAGUUGAUUUAAGAAAAAACGAGAAAUUAAAUUUAGUGAUAGUGAUCAUCACGGAGCAUUAGCUGCGUGUACAGUUAUUGCUGAACGCGCGGGGCUCUCAAAUUUGAUUUACCAACACACACAAACGCGAUAUGUCCGAGAACAAAAAUGGACAAGGAGCGCAGUGGUCGAAAGGUGCAGUAACAGCAGCAGUUGCUGCAGCACAAAAACAACAACAGCAACUUCAGCAGCAGCAACAUUUACAACAUACUCCUGUUUUCAAUGCAACAGCGUUGAGUUUAACAUCUCCACCUGCGGGCACUGCAUCUGCCUUAUACGGGGGUACUGGACAUCUGGGUACACAUCAGCCGUCAUCUGAUGUAACAUCAUAUGCAGCUGCUCGCUUUCAAGCACCACCAAUCGAUCAUCGCUCUGCAUCCACUUCGUCUUCCCAUAUUGUACCCCCCACACCUACACCAUCUUCCACUACCAAUGUACCUGUACCUAGUGGUUUCAUACCGCCACCAUUUCCACCUGCUGCAGCAGCUGCUACAUCUGUACUGACCCCCAACCCGUAUGCAGUGGCUUCGCUUACCGCCCCAGGAUCAACACAUGCAAGUGCAAAUCAUCCACAUUCACAUGCGCAUUCUCAUCCGCCUCCGAAUCAACAAUAUUCGGGGUCUCAUCCCGUGUCUUCGUCUCACCACGCCCACUUUGGAAUGGAACAGUUUCAACAUUUAAAUGCCCAGCAACAAUACGAGCUUAGCAAACUAAUGGCAGCUUCUUUUAGUGCAACCCAACAGGCAGUGGGGGUUUCAAGUGGACCAACAAAUCUUUCAUCGAACGCAACAUCGUUUUCCUCAUCAUCGUCGACGGCAACAGCUUCAUCAACCACAACAAAUGUGUCGGUUGCAGGAACGUCAACUUCUCAAACAUCUGCAACAAAUCGUCAUCCACCACAAUCGUCUGGCGAAAGUUCUACUUCCGGUAGUAUAAAUACACAAAUGGCAGACCAGGUUAUUAGUGCAAUAAGCACUGGCACCACAGCCACCAAAUUGGCUACCACACCUAUACAUGGUCGUUUAAUGGGUCUAGGGGUGCAUGCACCAGAUGAAGAGAAACUAAGACGAAUACAACAAGUUGUAGAGUCCGGUAUAGGCGAUCAUGCCAAACAACAAAUAGUUCAAAUAUUGGAUCGUAUUUCGACUUUAAGGCCAGUAGAAAAAUUACUGCUUUAUUUAAGAUUGCCUGGAGAACAACCAGAAACAGAUCCCCUACGUCAGCCUCAAAAUCCCUUAGGGACACGUUCAGAGAUUAAUCACACUAUAAAUUGGGUUCGUACUCAUUUAGAACAAGAUCCCCAAGUAUCUAUACCAAAACAAGAUGUAUACAAUGAUUAUUUAGUUUAUUGUGAACGUUUGGAUAUCAAGCCAUUAUCUACGGCUGAUUUUGGUAAAGUUAUGAAGCAAGUUUUUCCAGGCAUACGACCCAGGCGUUUGGGCACAAGAGGACAUUCACGUUAUUGUUAUGCUGCUAUGCGGAAAACAAGUAAAUUGCCAGCACCCCACUUACCCACACUGACGACAGUGAAACCUACAAAAAGUGCUGAAAAAGAUGGCAGCAUUGAUUUAUCGACAAAUAUUAUUGAUAACACUGAAGAACAGGAAGAAUCAUGGAGUGUUGUAAAACAAUGGGCAGAGUCUAUGUUGCAUGUUAAAAUAGACAAUAUAAGUGAUUUGGCAACACAUAUAAAAACAAAUGGACCAUUACCAUUGGCAGGAGGAACGCAUACACCAUAUACUGGAUCCGGACGAGGGACUAGUAGUAGUGUGGCACACAAAAAACAUACGCAAAGGGAACCCAAAGAAAAAAGGGUCAUGGCGGAUAUGGGACCUUUAAAGAAACGACGCAAAAAGAAACGAAAAGGAUCAUCCUCAUCAGAAUCCAGUUGCCAUCAAAAUGUAAACACCGGUGACCAACAACAAAUUCAAGCCCAAUUAUCUCCAGCUAAUAGCUCUAAAAGUGGUAGUCAUCAUGCUGUGCUAUCACCGGCAAUGGAGGAUGGUCAAAAAGUGAAAAUUAAACAGGAAGUAAUAGAUUCGCCCGGUUAUCCUCCAUCAGUGGGAAGUUUGUCCACACACUCUCAGUCCACAGAUUCGACUAAUGUAACCCAAUAUCAAACAACUUCGGGCACAAAUACAUUACAAAUGGCCCAGCAUCAAGUGAUGCCAAUGAAUUUGGCUGCUGAGACAAGAGGUGGUAUAUCCAACGUUUUAGCUAGAGCUCCACCAAUGACCGCAUCCCUAACGGCAAGUGCAUUUGAGCAUGUACGUCCAACGGGUGUGCAGACACCAACAACAACUGUAGCAGCAGCUGUAAAGAAUUUAACACCAAAAAUUAUGGAAUUGUCUACGGAGAAUCAAGCGAUGUCUUCGCCCCCAUCGCAAACUGUUAUUAAGCAAGAGAUUGGAACCGAAGAUUACAACACUUCAAAUAUUUUCUGUAAGAAGGUUCGUAAAGCACAACAAACUAAAGGUUUUUGGGCCAAUUCCCCAACAUCGAAUCGGAGCACAACUGCAGCAACAACUCCAAAUUAUCCUAUUAUAACAACAACAGCUUCUACACCACCACCUGUGUCGGCUAGUGUUAUAACAGCACCCCCAAAUAAUUCGGAUUCCGUUGUGGUUUACAACAUGGGACCACCCACACAAAUGGCUCCUUCUACUAGCCCAAAUAGUCAGACAUUAGGCGAUGACGUUUCAACGCUGGGACAACCAAAGGUACUUUCUCGUAAUCUACAACAGUUAAAGGCAAAGAAAAUAUUGGCUGCCGUCGCGACAGCUGGUUGUGAUCCUCCUGAUCUGAAUGCGGCCAAAGAUGCAGCAGAUCUACCGGCAAAUUUAGGUUUGCCGAGAGAACGCGUUAUUAGCAUUUGUAAUAUGGAUAAGCAUGAGCUAGAUGAUUACUUUUUGCCCGUAGAGGAGGAAAAUUCAGAAGAUCAAGAAACUGAGUUGCUUCAAUAUUUUCAGAUGGGAGACGCUGAGGAAAAAUUAACCAAAAAUUCUUCCUCUGAUGCUAAACGGAACAGUAAUUCAACAGUAAAUCAAUUGACGUCAGCCUCAACAUCCAUACCUAAAUCGACAAUAGCUACAACGGCAUCGUCAAGUAUAGGAUCGUUAGUACUGACCUCCAAUUCAACAAUGACAACAUCAAAAACAUCCACUGGCAUAAUGAUGAUGAGCACAUAUAAAUCUAGUAACAAUACACCGUCAAUAAACGAUAUAUCAACAAUAACAAAUAGUCAAUUACAAAAUGGUAAAACAUUUUCAAAUACAAAUUCAAACACAACAGCAAAUUCUACUUUGAUUAAAUUGCCCUUAACGUCAUCAUGUUUAACAGCCACAACUUCAUCGUCGUCAUCAUCAUGUUCAAAUACUGUUGGUACUGCCUCAGCGUCUCUAGCACAAUUAAAUCAAAAGCAUCAACAACAAAUGCAAAUACAACAACAACAUCAACAACUUCAGCAACAAUCUAUAAAUCAACAUCAGCAACAACAACAACAAAAUCAACCUCAAGUCUAUUCAAAGGUUUCUAUUAAACGUAAAAUAAAUUUAAAUACAACAACAACUACAUCGGACAUAACAGCAGCAAGGAAAAAUUACAGUUUUCUACCAAUAUCACCCAAUAUUAAUACGACCACCACAUCUUGCAGCAACAACACUUCAUUGCCGCUAAAUAGUAAUAAUACUAAUAAUAGUCAUACCUCAAAUGCGGGAUUCUUUGCCAGCCCUGGUUUAUCGCGUUUACUGACUAAACAACAAUCGUUAGAUUGUGACACCUCCUCAGAUCCCAUGAUUGGAGCAACACGACGUCAGCGAUCGUAUAAUACCAUGAUGACCUCUGCUUCAGCACCUCCAAGUCCUUCGGUGUUAAAACAGCAGCAAGAGCAACAAUUGUUUGGCCAUAUGUCACACAACAUUCUUAUGGAUCAGUGGUCUAACUCAGUCGAACACUUCAAUAAUCCAACAGCAUCGUCAAAUGUGGUCAAUUCGUUAAUGGUUGAUCAAAAUUCUUUGGAUUUAGACUUAUUUGGCGAAGCGGCUGCAGCUGCAGCCUCAACAGCAACCAAUACCACAUUUGGCAAUCGCACUAAUUUUAAUAUGAAUAUCAACAACAAUUCUGAGGGAAUAAUGGGACACAAUUCGGAAAAUUCAUCCGGCCAAAUCAACGACGUCACACAGCGAUCUCAGUCGGUGCCGUUGUCACAAUUGCAACGUACACAUUCGCCCACAUUCAAUCGAACUUUCCAAUGUGGUACAAAUAAUCCAGCGGCAGUAUCUGCUUGUAAUUCCUUGGCUCAAACACCUGUGCCAUCGGAAUUUAUGGAUUCAGUUACAAUGCUGUCGGAAAAUAGUUGUAGCCAACAGAGUGCCACCAUAAAACUUGAGGAGGUUGCAAAUGUUGUUGCUUCUGAUUCAACCGCCAUGUUGGAUGAGGUUGUUGUGAGUGACAUUUUGUCAUCUCCAGAUUUCGUGUCAAAAUUUUCCAGUCUCAACCAGACCGGCACAACAAAAACAACUUGUUCGUCGGCGGGUUCCUCGUCGGGCUAUAGCAGUGCUGGUCAUUUUUCCUUAUCAUCCGGAAGCUAUAGUGUAGGAGGAGGCGGUAAUGGAAGUGGCAGCGGCGCCAUGACUUCGUCAAUAUCACGUUCCGUACCUUCUACACCGUUGCCUCAUCAAAAUCCACAAAAUCUGUUUGGUAACGGUAAUAACUUUUACAGAAGACGUUUCGUUAAUAAUUGUCAAUCGUUAAAUGGAGUUGGUGCAGGUGGGGUUUUGGAUAAUCUUAAUUCUUUUUCCCACAAUUUUUCAUCCAGCAGCAAAUACGGUUAUGGCAAUAUGUCUUCAUCGUUAUCCCGUUCAGCGUGCGAUAUCUCUAAAUCUAUGCCUUCUACACCCAUAACAACUACACCAAGUAGUUUCCGUUACAGUCCUUCAGAGUUUGCACGCGAUUUCCUUAUUAAUGGCAAUACCAUAGAUGAUAGCAUAACAUCCUCAUUCGGUGCAGUGGGCAGUGAUAAUCUAAUGGGGUCUGAUGUCGUGGGUGUGGAUGCUCCACUGAAUUCCGAAUCGCUGUUGAAUGAAGAAGAUACAUUAAUUAAUGGUUCGACCGGCAUGGGACAGGUAGAUACAGGCGUAUUAACACCAGAUUUUUCUGUACAAUCUGGUACAUCGGCUCCUGAUAUGGGCGGUGUUGUAGGUGAGUCAUCUGUUGUUAUUGGCGUGGGUUCGGAUUUAUUAGAUAAUUUGUAGAAUUUGUCUGAAGAGCAAGUUAAAAGAAAACGUGUAAAGCAAAAGUCCCAUGAUUCUAUAUUAGAAGAAACCGCACAAUCCUGCAGCAUACCAGCUGAAAGUGAAAAUGACCACGAUGCGGUUAAUAGUUGUGCAGUUGGACUUUUACUAGCCGAAGUUGGUAAAUUAUAAUCAUCAUAAACUUGCUCUUCAGUACAAACAGUAGUAAUUAGUAAAACUAAUCUAAUAUGUCAUUGAAAUUGUUACAUUAUUGUUUAAUAUAUUAUAUUUUAACAUUUUAUAGUU